AUGCGUUACAGAAAAAGUAGUUUUUGCGUUCUUAAUCCUUGUACCGGAGAAUACUUUAACCUUCCCACGAUAGACAAUGAAGGAAGUAUAGUUGGUGGAUUUGGUUAUGAUCCUUCAACUAGCAAUUACAAAAUUGUUAGAAUUGAGUACUUAAAAGACAAAGGAUACGUUCAAGUAUAUACUCUCGGUAGUAGUGGAUGGAGAAGUAUUGGAGAAAUUAAUCAUCAGUUACGUCGUCAUAGGGAAGGUGUACUCUGGAAGGGAUCCCUUCAUUGGUUGGACGUUAACCAAGGCAAGGUUUUGGCUUUUGAUUUGGCAGAUGAAACGUUCCGCAGAUAUCUCCCAGAAACACCAUGUAUUAACAUAAAUACUGAAAUAACCCAGUUCAAGCUGUUGGGAGGGUAUUUGAGCAUUGUAGCUGUGGAUCGACGUAUUAGGCGUGUAAACAUAUGGGCACUUAAAUAUACACAGCACAAGAAUGAUGACAUUCUUCUCGAAGUGGGAAAAUAUCAAUGGAGUUUGGAGUUUAGUAUACCAUUUUUUGCUUCUCCAUACGGGUAUACAGUAGAUUGUAACUAUGAUCCGUUUGACAUUACUAAAAACAAUGAAGUUCUCUUAUGGCACACAUUAAAGCCACAGGGAUGGAGUACCACUCCAACAUUCCUUUUUCGCUAUGACCCCAAAACUGACACAUUAAAGGAGGUUUUGCAUUGGAAAACUUAUCAUAUUGUUACAUUCAAGGGAAUUCCGCAUGUCAACAGUCAUGUGUCAUUGAAAGCUCUGGGAGUCGAUUCAAAGACAACUAAAGUUGCAGCACACUGUGCGGAUCACUGA